AGCCUGAAUGGUCAGUUCACCUGCACCCUAAAUACGACCCUCUUCAAACUCAUGAGCGCUGACUCCUAUCCCGGCUUCGGCUCUUCGAACCUGCCGAUGGGACAGAACUCGCACAACUAUCCGAACGAACACGGUAGCCAGUCUGUUGUGGGUGCUGGCAAUGCCGAGUUUCAACUCAUUACGGCAGCCAGUUUUGACAGGGAGGAGAUGAGGCAACACUUUAUCGCUAUCCGGUGCAGAGAUAAUGGACCUCAGGCUAAGGAAAGUCAUCCGAUCCCAGGGCCUAUGGAUUUCAUAAACAUCUGGGAUAUACUGGGUCCUGAGAAUGCUACUUCCCUCAUUAAAGUACAGCAAGCUCUCGUGGAUGCUACUGGAAACCUGGCAAAAUGCAAUCUUCUGUACUGUUCACACAUGUAG